AUGAAGCCAGCAGUGACUGUACUGGGCUUUGUCCUGCUGCUGGGCUCCACCUUUGCUGCAGAAGAGUCAUGUGUGGGUCGCUGUGGCUCCUUCAACCCGCAGAGGAGGUGUCAGUGUGAUUCCAAGUGUGUGUACUAUGGAAGCUGCUGUGGAGACUUUGACACCAUUUGCCCCAAAAAAGCUCGUGGUGAUACAUUUGCAGAGGAAAUAACAGAAGCAGUGACAAAUGUCACACCAACUCCUGACCCAGGAGCAACAGCUCCCGCUUUCCUCUCCACCACCACAAAUGAGACCACAUCGACUGCAGCCCCUGAUGCAGAGCCAUGCAGUGGUCGCCCUUUUGAUGCAUUUCUGCAGCUGAAGAAUGGGUCGAUAUAUGCAUUUAGAGGUGAAUACUUUUUUGAGCUGGAUGACACAUCUGUACUACCUGGGUACCCCAAGCUCAUCCAGGAUGUGUGGGGAAUCUCAGGGCCCAUUGAUGCUGCAUUCACACGCAUCAACUGCCAGGGAAAAUCCUACAUCUUUAAGGGGAACAAGUACUGGAGAUUUGACGGUGAUGUCUUGGAUGAAGACUAUCCACGGGACAUUUCAGAUGGUUUUGACAGUAUGCCAAAUGACAUCAAUGCAGCGUUUGCCAUUCCAGCUCCAAGUCACAGUGGCAAAGAAAAAGCUUACUUUUUCAAAGGGGACACAUAUUAUCAGUAUGAGUUCAAGCACCAGCCUUCCCAUGAGGAGUGUGUCCUCAUAAGCAGGUCCUCCCCAUCCGUGCUGUUCACGCGAUACACAGACCUCUUCUGUGACCAGACAUGGGAGGAGUUCUUCACAGACCUCUUUGGAACCAGCAGCCACCACACAGGCCCUCGUUUCUUCAUUAGGGACUGGGAAGGCAUCAGGCCCCCUGUAGAUGCGGCUAUGGUGGGAAGAGUCUCCUUCAGUCCUAAACCCACACCAUCUUCUCCUCCGCUAGCGAGGAGGAGGGGCAGUCGGAAGAAGAGGCCCAGCAAGAAGCGUGGGCAGCGACGAAGGCAGAGUCGCUACGUGUUUGAUGAUUUUUGGGGUUACGAUGAUUGGUUUGACUACAGUGACUACACUGACAUCACUGAUGUGCACACCACACAGGAGCACACAAGCACUCCUGUUCAGAAUGUGUAUUUUUUCAAGAGAGAUAAAUACUACAGAGUGGAUCUGCAGACAAAACGUGUGGACUCUGCCAACCCUCCUUACCCACGAUCCACUGCAAAAUAUUGGCUGGGCUGCAAGCAUGAAGAGACACCUGAUGCAUCAAGAGCAGAGAGGAGAUAAGCUAUAGGCAACCUGACUGACUGGGCAGUCUGGAGACAAAUAGAGAAGUCUACUCUUGACAAAUAUUGAAGUAAUUGUAGUAUGACCCUCCAUACAGUACCCUUUAC